UGCUCCCGUUAAGUUUGUUUCGCAUAUAAGACGCAAUAGCCCGUUAAUAAUAUAUCUAAUAUUUAGAUUUUAAUCAGUUUUUUAUUUAUUAGAUUAUCAGAAAUAAAUAUGUUGUUCCAUCAAUUAAAAAAUCCCCACAGCAACGCGAUUUUACGUCAUUUUCGGCGAUGUUAUCAUAGUAAAAAAGGCGUGUACGGUUAUCGACCUUUGCCAAAACGCGAGUUUAGAGCUUCUUGCAUACGCCGACGACUUCGACUUCAUAGCAAGCGUGAUGUUACAACUGCCUUUGCUGCUAUCGAAAAGGAAUCUGCGAAAGUAGUCUUACCGGUGAAUGAGGGCAAAACGAAGUAUAUGUCGAUUACUGCAACUGUAAAUCCCAUCAGUAUCCAACCAAACAGUGAAAGUAUCGCUGAAUUGAGACCAGAAUUCUAUGGACUUAAAUCCAGAGAAACAGUCAAACCGCAGGGAUUACUUAAUGCACCCACAUUAGAGAGAAAAUCUACGAUAGCAGAACUGGAGGCAACGUUGAAACAGAUUUAUUGCGGCUCAGCAGUUAGUGCGGAAUUUUCAUAUAUUGAGAGCCUCGAGGAACGCGAAUGGUUAACGUUGCAUUUUGAGCAGCUCGCCGGGCAGACAAUGAGCAAUGAAUCCCGCAAACAAAUUGCCGAAUUACUAAUUAAGUCACAAGCCUGGGACAACUUUAUGGCCAUGAAAUUUCCAACUGUCAAACGUUACGGUGGCGAGGGUGCUGAAAGUUUGUUAGCAUUUUUCUGGCAAUUGCUGCAAAAUAGCACAAAAGAGGAAAUCGAGCAUAUUGUGGUUGCAAUGCCACAUCGUGGACGCACACCACUUCAAACGGCCCUUCUGAAUAUGCGACCAGCCAAAGUUUUUCGUAAACUAACCGGAAAAUCUGAAUUUGCUGAUGGCGUAUCAGCCAUGUCGGAUGUUAUAAGUCAUUUCCAUACAUCAGAAGAUUUAAAUGUGGACGGUAAAAAUAUACGUUUGAGCUUAAUACGAAAUCCUUCACAUUUGGAAGCUGCAAAUCCCGUAGCCAUGGGUAAAACGCGUUCUAAGCAACAAACUUCUGGCGAUGGUGCUUUCAGUAACGAACCCAAUAAAGAAUUUGCCAACAAGAUUCUUAAUAUAAUAUUACAUGGAGAUGCUGCCUUUGCUGGUCAAGGUAUCAAUCAGGAAUGUCUGAAUAUGGCAUAUGUACCACACUUUGAAAUUGGUGGCACAAUACAUUUGAUUGUCAAUAAUCAAGUUGGAUUUACUACACCCGGCGAACGUGGACGUUCAACAGAUUAUUCUUCGGACUUAGCCAAGAGCAUACAAGCACCAGUUUUUCAUGUAAACGGCGAUGAUCCCGAAAUGGUAGCUUUAGUUACUAAAUUAGCAUUCCGAUAUCAGCGUUACUUUCGUAAAGAUAUUUUUAUUGAUAUGAACUGCUACAGGCGUUGGGGACACAAUGAAUUAGAUGAUCCAACAUUUACAAAUCCCUCCAUCUAUGAGAUUAUAAAUAAUCGCAAGUCUGUGCCAGAUUUGUAUGCGGAGCAACUUGCACAGCAAAAUAUUUUGUCUGAAGAGGAAUCAACUGGAAUGCGCGCUAAAUUUCUCGAUUAUCUUAAUGAAGAAUUGGCGCUUGCACCCACAUACCAGCCAGAGCCAACAUACUUCGAAAGGCAAUGGUCCGGCAUCACAACUGCGCCUGAUGCUAUCACGUAUUGGGACACUGGUCUCAAUUAUUCGCUGCUAAAUUACAUUGGACAUCAAAGCGUUGCACACCCAGAGGGAUUUCAUGUACAUCCGCAUCUGUUUAAAACACAUAUUGAGGGACGUCGAAAAAAGUUGAAUGCCGGCGAGAAAAUCGAUUGGGCUACCGCCGAAGCAUUGGCAAUCGGUAGUCUGAUGUACCAAGGGCAUAAUGUGCGUAUCAGUGGUGAAGAUGUAGGUCGUGGCACAUUUUCUCAUCGUCAUGUCAUGUUAGUGGAUCAGCAAAAUAAUGAAAUGUAUAUACCACUCAAUGAAAUGCAGGGUGGUGUAGGUGGAAAAUUAGAAGUGGCACACAGUAUUUUAUCUGAAGAAGCUGUCCUAGCAUACGAGUAUGGCAUGGCCAUUGACAAUCCAAACAACUUGAUUAUAUGGGAAGCACAAUUCGGUGAUUUUGCAAAUGGUGCACAAAUCAUAAUUGAUAAUUUCAUUAUAUCCGGUGAAACUAAAUGGAUGGACAGCAAUGGACUUGUUAUACUGCUACCACACGGUUACGAUGGAACUGCAUCUGAGCAUAGCUCAUGUCGCGUUGAACGUUUUCUGCAGCUAUGCGAUUCAAAGGAAACCGCACCCGAUAGCGAUAAUGUGAAUGUACAAAUUGUAAAUCCCACCACACCAGCACAGUAUUUCCAUUUGCUGCGCCGACAAGUUCUGCGCAACUUCCGCAAACCGCUUGUAGUGGUUGCACCGAAAAUACUCCUGCGUUUAUCGGCUGCCACUUCCACGCACUCUGAUUUCCAAGAAGGCACACACUUCCACAAUGUUUUGGGUGACACCGCAGUUACUAAUGUCGAGGGGGUGCGUAAAGUUAUACUCUGCAGCGGUAAACACUUCUACAAUUUGAACGAUGAACGGAAAGCGAAAAGCAUUACGGAUACUGCAAUUGUGCGUUUAGAGUCACUUAGUCCGUUCCCAAUACACGAGCUGCAGGAAGAGUUAGGAAAAUAUAAAAACGCCAAGACUUUUAUUUGGAGUCAGGAGGAACAUAGAAAUAUGGGAGCUUGGUCAUUCGUACGACCACGUUUUGAAUACUUAAUUGGAAAACAGCUUGUUUACUGUGGUCGGAAUGAAGCUCCCACUUCUGCCACCGGUGUUGGAGAAGUACACAAACGAGAAGCCGAGGAAGUUAUCAGUGGUCCAUUUAAAAUUUAAAAUUUUAUUAAAAUAUUUAUUUUAAUAAUUUUUAUUUUAAACCCACAUA